GCGCAGAUGCUACGUACGUUUUCAGGUGACGUUGAGGUAUUAAUGGAAGGCAGACCUCUUACUUGACAGCAAACCAGUUCUCAGCAGUCUUCAAGACAGGACCGCCUCGUCUAUCUUCUCAAACCCUUUCGUUCCAUCAUGGCAGCACUGUGGCUUCAUUCUGCCCCAAUCCUGGUCUUAUUAGUUAUGUCAUGGCCGUGCUCCAGAGCUCUUUCUUCGCAACGCCUGUGUGGCACUCACCUGGUGGAGGCCCUCAAUAUGGUUUGCGAGGACAGAGGCUUUUUCACCAGUUCCCGUAGGGACCUCAACUCUGUGCUGCGUCUCUUACCGUCAAAGACUGAGGGGGCGACAUUGACCGGCAGCAUGAAUGAGAUCGCGGGAUACGCCUUCAACAACCCGAUGGACAGGAUGGUGAAGCGUGAGGGCAUUGUGGAACAAUGCUGUCACAAUCCGUGUAGCAUGCUUGUCCUGGAUAAAUAUUGCAACUAGAACUGGGUUUAACUCAGCGAUUAGCCAUAGCUUAGAAUAGUUUACCUCUCUGUAAUUUAUCCAGGAAACCAGCAACAGAACUCUGUAAAGUGAACUGAAUAGUGAU